GCAGUCACUAGCGUUACAUCUCUUCCUGUUUGCUUGUGUUGUCGAAUGAUCAGUAGCCAGCAAGUCACUUAUUUGAAUCGGCUCCGAAACCGAGCUAGCUCUCCCCUGGUCGCAGUCAUCAGCGGGGAUAGUAGCCCGUCGGGACGUAGGAGAAGGUAGCGAGCUUGCAGUAGCUGGACGAUGUACAUAGAGAGGACAUUAAUGUUGUUUUGGGGAGUCCUGGAGCUGUAUGGCAACAUCGCAGCAGCAAGAGGGGGCUCCUCUCAUUUUACCGAUGAAAUCCCCUUCAAGAUCAAUUGGCCCGGAGCCGAGUUUACACUGCCAACAGGAGCCCUGUACAAAGAGGACGACUUUGUCAUAAUGACAACCACAGACAAGGAGAAGUACAAGUGUUUGCUUCCUUCACUGUCAAACGGAGAUGAGGAUGAAGAGAGGGAAUACGCAGGGCCGAGUCCAGCAUCUCUACUGGAGCCUCUGUUCAAACAGAGCAGCUGCUCAUAUCGGAUUGAGUCGUACUGGACAUACGAGGUGUGCCACGGCAAGCACGUAAGACAGUACCACGAGGAGAAGGAGACAGGACAGAAAAUCAAUGUCCAGGAGUACUACCUUGGAAAUAUGAUGAAGAAGAGUGAGAACUCCGUGGGAGGAGCUAACUCUGAAAACUCUGAAAAAACGGAAGGAGCUGACACUGAUAAAAUGGAGAGUGAGAAGGAGGUGCUCACGAAAAACGUGGAGGGGCAGCUGACGCCGUACUACCCUGUGGAAAUGGGGAACGGGACCCCGUGUGUGCUGAAACAGAACCAGCCUCGGUCCAGCUCGGUCCUGUAUGUCUGUCACCCCGAAGCCAAGCACGAGAUCCUGUCCAUCGCCGAGGUCACCACCUGCGAGUACGAGGUGGUGGUGCUGACCCCUCUGCUCUGCGGACACCCCAAAUACAGGUUCAAGUCAUCCCCAGUGAAUGCCAUUUUCUGCCAGGCCAUGGCUGGCUCUCCCCUGCGGCCACAGCGCCUUUCCCAACUGGAUAAGGAGCAGGAGGAGCUCCUCAAACCUCCCUUCAGCGCUGCUCCAGACAAGGAGGAGGAGACAUCCCCAGCAAAAGAGGAGCUCUUCUCCUCCACCCACAAGCCUCUUGCAGUGGGUGGUCAGGCUCAGAUCGCCGUGGGAACUACCCACAUCUCCCGCCUGACCGAUGAGCAGCUGAUCAAGGAGUUCCUCAGUGGCUCAUACUGUCUGCACGGGGGAGUCGGAUGGUGGAAGUAUGAGUUCUGUUACGGAAAACAUGUCUAUCAGUAUCAUGAGGAUAAGGAGCACGGGAAGAGCAUUGUAGUGGUCGGCAACUGGAACGAAGAGGAACAUCUGGAGUGGGCUCAGAAGAAUGUGGCUCGCUCCUAUCAGCUGAGAGAAGAUGGAGCACAGAAGGUCAAGGUGGUUUCCCACUUCUAUGGCCAUGGGGACAUAUGUGACCUGACGGGGAAGCCUCGACAAGUCAUUGUGAAGCUGAAGUGCAAGGAAUCAGAGUCUCCUCACGCAGUGACCGUGUACAUGCUGGAGCCUCAGACCUGCCAGUACAUUCUGGGGGUGGAGUCACCGGUUAUCUGCAAGAUCCUGGACACCGCAGACGAGAACGGGUUCCUCUCCAUCCCCAGCUAACCGGAGACGAGGGAGAGGAGGAGCAGGAAGAGGAAGGAGAAGAGAAGAGCGGGUUGGUGGGGAAAGGGAACGCGGCCUUUCUCUAGCGCAACCUCACAGAGGGAAAGAAGAGGAGAGAACGAACCUGUACUUCCUUCUCAGGUCUGAACCUCGACCCGAGAUCUCUCUCCAGCCCUGCCCCUCCUCCGUCUGCAAACGCUGUAAAUAUUAAACUCAGAGUUCACUGGCAAAAAAAAAACUGCUUUUAAUGUUGACAGUAGACAAAUAGGAAAAAGCGUCUGAUUGGACGACCUGUUGAUUUGCCUAACCCUGGAGGAGGCAUCGCUCUGCAAAGUCCCGCAAAGGCGUUUCCGGCAUCUGCGGCUCUGUAACUCUGAACUGAAGUCGUGACUGAAGAGACUCGUCUAGACAGACAGAUCCGUGUUCAUCGCUUAUUGGGUCAUUUUUGUACUUUUUAUUUAAAUUUCCAUUGGUUGAUUUUCUGUGAUCUGGGUACACACUUAGCUGGUCCUGGGCAUUUGGACUUUCGCCAUUUGGACAGUUUGAGGAAGCGGAUGUAAAGUUAUCGCAAUAAAUAAACUAUAAUUAAAAUGACUGAAGCUUUGAUCAUGUGACACGUCACCCGAUCUGCACAGCAAAUUAAAAUCUUUGGAUAUUAAAGAGAGAUGCCGACAGAUCAUAGUGUUUGGAAUACCCAUGAUCCCAAAAGGCACCAUGGGUAUUAAAAUAUCGUUUUCCAAAAUUUCAAAAACUUUCAGAACCCAGGAACCACUUAAACCUGAAGAGAUCACUCAAUGUCUGGCAACAUAUUACCUUACUUACUACGUUUUAAUAAGCGGCAGGCCAUAUGCUGAAAUGUCGAAAUAUGCCAUAUAGACUGCAUGUCAAAUUGACUGCGUGUGUGGUACCUGUGAGAUUUAACCAUACACUGUGGUUUAAACUGGGAAUUUUGUGACAAGCAGACCACAUUAUCUGCAAUGAUUGCAAUGCAAUGAUUGCUGGCCUGCAUUCAGUAGUCAAGCUUGAAUUUCAUUUAUGAAUCCUCACCACAGUAUGAUCUUCCACCUGACAAUCCUCAAGUCUUAACAGUGGUCAGAUAAGCUCACUGUAGUUAACCAGUCUAUUGUCUAUUAUAUUUUGCUCACCUUGGUAGUGAAUCACUAUGCUUUGGUCUACUCUGUCUAAUGGAGUCCCACUCUGGCUCACUAGGGGGCGGUGCUUGCCAUUAAAUAGGCUACACUGAAUGUUUUCCAACAUGUCUGUGGAUUAACUGGCUGCACAACUGUUUAUCACCAGUAAAACAAUAUAGAGAUGCAGUAAAUGUGAACCAGGUGUGCUUGAUGAAGCAAAAGGUAUUAAAUCUCCCACAGCUCUAUCAAAUAAAAUGGAGAUUAGUACUUCCCAGGACAGUACAUAAUUUGUGUAAAAUGUUUGACCGAAAUUGGAAAUAAGAUAAUACAGUCUACUAGCUAUGUAGUAAUCUAUUUAUUGCUAUUAAUCUCAAUAGCUGUAUUGGUUUUCAUCAUGUGAACAUCAGCUUAUUAAAAAAAAUACCAGCCUGCAUAAUAUCAGAGUCGAGCCAAACUAUUAUAUGGUUUGUCAGUUUACAUUUGAAAUGUUUGCCAUAUUUUCCCGAAACUUGUGUAAAUAAAAUUAUAAUUACAAUUUAA